GGCGGGGACCGGCACUGCACAGGCCGGCCCGGCCUCAGGCGCCGCGUGGGAAGCCCGUAGGCCGACCAUGCAGGCCGAGCGGGGCGGCUGCCUGCCCCGCAGGGAAGGUGGCCGGCAUGGCCGCCGGCGGCCCAGCGACCCGGAGAAGGCAGCUGAUGCGGCGACUGAAGAAAGAAGCCGGGACUACCACGGCGGAGACGAGAGCCGGGGAAGAGGCGGUGCUCGCGGACACCGAGGAGGCGGGCGCCGCGGAAGAAGAGAACCUCGAGGUCGUGGGGCAACGCCGCCCGCAGCUCAGCGGCCCCGGCGGGUAGAGGAGGAUGAUAAUGCUGAAUCACAAGAGGAAGAAGAGAAGGGAGAACUGAAAAGCUAUUCAAGAAGGAAAAUCGUUUCCAACUGGAGCCGCUAUGAGGAUACAGAAAAAGAGGGACAGAAUGAACAUGGGGAGACACAGAGAGGAACAGACUUCAGUGUUUUGCUUAGCUCAGCAGGAAAUUUCCUUUCACAGUUCCGAUUUGCUGACGAGAAGGAAUGGGAUAGAGAAAGCAUGUGCCAUAAGCAGUUAUCAGCACUUUCUGUUGACUGCCAGUCUUUGGCUCAGGCUCUUCAGGAAUUACCUCUACAUCUGAGGUUGAACUUAGAUGCUGAACUUGUGCAGGCAUCAACACCUGAAGAGCUUCCACAGAUGAAAUCUAAAAUUAUCAAAGAUGGCAAGAAGGGAGAGCUUCUGUUCCGACAGGCUCCAGCUCAAAGUGAAACAGUGUUGGUGUCCCAUGCCCCUGGCAAUUCUGAUGCUCCAUCAGAGCCUGGAAGUAAAAAUGGUCCUAGGACAACUGCAGAACCCUUUCAGAAGGGUCAUGCACUAUCAAAGCAAGAGACCGAUCAUUUGGAUGAAGAACUAGAUCUUCUCCUGAAUCUAGAUGCCUCCACUGAGAAAGAAAACAGAACUGUGUCAGAAGCAUUAUCCUAUAACAUAUCGACUGAGAAAAAUUUGAAAAUGGAUUGUAAGGAAAAAGACCCCUUAAAACUAGAUAUGCCUGAAGAGAAGAGUACAGCAUCACAGCAACAGCAAAGUACAUCUAAAACUGUUACUGAGGAAGAGCUGGAAGAGUGGCUGGACAGCAUGAUUUCCUGAAGCUCAGAUUUUCUUCUGUGAAUAACUGAAUGUAACAAACAUUAGGUAGAGUUGAAUCUUCUUUGAUCUCCUUGUUAUUUCCUUUAUGUUUCACUUUUCUUUUUUUUUUUCAGUCUGCCAAAGGUCCAGCUUUCUUUGCUGGUGCCUUAAAUUCUGUGCAACCAAAAUUAAUUUAGAUGUGAUUGAAAAUUGUCUAAUAUUCUUAGAAGGGUGUAAAAUUUGUGAUGAAAUUAGGAUUUGCUAAAGAUACAGGCUACAGUAUAUCCAAGAGAACAGUUAUUUCAGCUUGUACUUGCUCUAUGUAGUCCUUAAAAAUAAAACUGUGAAUGAUGAAUCAAUACAUGUGUUUUUAGUCACCAUCCUCACUUCACAUCUUCAUAUUGUAGGGAAAUGAGAAAGACAAUAGCAAGCAUAGUAUUUGGUUCAUAAUACUUUAUUGCAGUGGGCACUUUUUAUUAGAAGGAAAAAAAAUGCAUAAUCCUAGCAGCUUCUACUUGCAGGUGACCAUUGAUCAUUGUUUUAUUUUGGCCUAAGAUUUAAAUUGUAUUCAUUGUGAUACAGUGUAUGUCUUUUAACAGCAGCAUUUAAUAAGCUGUCAUUGAAGGUAGUGUAUAAACAAACUUUAAGUGCAAUUUCAUACAGAAAGACAGAAAAGCAAUACAGUUAAUGGAUCUGUUCACCUAGAACACUAACAUAAAUAAAAAGUUUGCAUAGCUAUGUCUACAGAGGUUUUAAGGCACUUAAUGUUUCAAGGUUGACAAAGUGUUUGAAAAUGUUUUCUUUUUAACUGCUUAAAGCUUUUCAAGCUGUAUCUUAAAAUACAUUCACUAGCAAAUACUGGGGGGAAUUAAUGGACAGCAGUUAGUUAAAAGAAGUAUUUUUUUCUGAGGCAUGGCCUCUGGUGUUCAAGUUCUUAAAUGUCAAAUAUGCAAUUAAGACACCUUGUAGCCCUUUCAACUGCACUGCCAAAGCAUUAGGUUAAUGACGUGGUUAAAAAAUCGCUAUAAUUUCAGAUCAUGUUUGAACUGGAAGGCUUAACCUGGCAUAGCUUUCUCUCUUCCAGUGAAAAUUCCAGCAAAAGACCUGUUUCAUAUGUGGUAGGUACAAAAAGCCUAUGAAAUAGUAUCACAUUUUAUGUAUGUUUUGAAUUUAAAGACACUUAAAGUAAAUACAAGAUGUGAAAUUACAUCAUGAAAAGAAGGGUUUUGGUUUUUUCUUUGUAUCUUGGAUCUUAACAGUUAAUGAAUAAAUAAUUUGUUUUGUGAUAUUAGCCAAGUUGAUCCUCAUACUGUUUCCGGAAGCAGUCCCCUGCUGGGAAGAAAUCCCAACAUCUUUCUUGGUACAUCUUCCACACAAAUGACUCCUGAAAAAGAGAGAGAAUAUUUGUUUUAACA